AAAAAAUUUAAAAAAUAACACCCUGUUUGUUGUCUGGCUGGAGAGAGAGGAGAGGAGAGAGAGGGCACAAAAAAUGGGUAAGGUAGUGGAAAGGAAGAAGAAGAAGAAAGGACGGCCCUCUCUUUUGGAUCUUCAAAAACGGACUCUCAGAGAGCAGCAGGAGCAAUUACAACACCAGCACCAGAAGCGAAAGCCCAAUUCUGCCCCUCAUUCCAACCCUAAUUACAGGACCGCCCCUACAGAAUCCUCCCACGCUUCCCUCCGGCGAUCCACCCGCCGCAACCCUAACCCCGACGGCAAUUCCAACGACGAGGACGAGGACGAGGAUGAAGACGACGACGUUUCGGCCGGGAAUCGCCGCGAGAAAAAACUCAAGCUCGUCCUCAAAUUGCCCUUCAGCAAUCAGAAACAGUCGGCCAAUUCCGCGUCUCGGAACUCCCCCAGCGUUGGCUCCGAGUCCAACGCCGACGACGAUGGCAAAGACAGAACCGACCGGAAGCGCAAGAUCAAUGCGAUCGGCUAUGGAUCUGGACUCGCUCACCCUCAAAAGGGUGAGAAGUCAAUUCCUGCUGCAAACCCACCAAGCAGCCUACGAGGAGGGUUAACAACGUUGGACUCUGGACCCUCUACCCCUUUGCCUGAUAAAAAUUUGCUGCUGUUCGUUCUCGACAGGCUCCAAAAGAAGGACACGUACGGUGUGUUUUCUGAACCAGUGGACCCCAAAGAGCUUCCGGACUACCAUGAAGUAAUCGAGCACCCUAUGGAUUUCGGGACGGUGAAGAAGAAACUUACGAGUGGAGUCUACUCCAGUUUGGAACGGUUUGAGGAUGAUAUUUUCUUAAUCUGCUCCAAUGCGAUGCAGUACAAUGCCCCAGAUACCAUAUAUUUUCGACAGGCACGCUCAAUACAUGAGCUUGCGAAAAAGAAUUUUGAAAAUUUGAGGCAAGAUAGUGAUGAUAAUGAACCAGGACCAAAGGUCGUAAGAAGAGGUAGACCACCAACAAAAAAUUUGCACAAGAAAUUGGGCAGGCCUUCCUUGGACCGUGCUGGUUCAGAGGUCUCAGAUGCCGCUCUUGCUACUGGGGCUGAAAGCACCACAUUGGAUCUUAGAAAAGGAUCUCUUCUUUCAGACAAGUCUGGUUUGGUGGGUUCGCGGAAUAAUGAUGUUUAUAUUAAUUGGUUGACAGAUAACAAAUUUGAGAGGAAUGAUGAUGUCACAGGUUCCACAAGGGGUAAUUCGAAGCUUGGGAAAAAACAAUUUGUGUUUGAUGAGAACAGGCGUAAUACAUAUAAUCAAACUCAUCCUUCAGCCAGUGGACGAGAGUCAUCUGUAUUGACUACAUUUGAUGGAGAAAGGAAACAGCUGAUGGCUGUAGGGCUUCACUCAGACUAUGGUUAUGCAAGGAGCCUGGCUCGAUUUGCUGCAAAUCUUGGAGCUCCAGCUUGGACCAUUGCCGCAAAGAAGAUCGAAAGGCCUUUGCUCCCUGGUGUUAAGUUCGGCCCAGGGUGGGUUGGAGAAAAUGAUGUUGCGUCACAUAGGCCACUGCUAUUAGCCUCAGCCUCACUAUGUCAGCCAUCUUCAUCAGAGCCCUUUCCCAUUCGUCCAAAUGCAUCUUCUGCUGCAGCAUAUUGCUCUGUUGAGUCUAACGGAGAUAAAUUGUCAGAGAAGUUGUCGGGACAUCACUCAUCAGAGAAGCCAUCGGGGUAUAACUCAUCAGAGAAGCAUGUGCCUUCUAUUCCUUUAGCACUGGAUAGCAAUACAAGCAGCUCGCUUCCUCUGUCUGCUGCUACCUUAUCACCCCCCAUUGUUGCUAAUAAAUCUCCUGAACCCCUCCCUGGAAAAGUAGAAACUGCUGAAGGAUCAAACACUUGUACUGGGUUUAAUAUGCCGAGCAGCAAUCUUGGAGUAAUGAGGCCGAGGCCUCCAUUUCAGAUCCAUCAGAAUUCCAUAUUCCAACCUGGGAUCAACGGAUUUAAUGGCACAAACGGAUUAAACAUUCCUGCUCAUAUGAGAAAGCUAGUUGGAGCGGCCGGGCCCGGUGGUUUUAAUUUCCAGUUGUCUCAAAUGCUUGAUGCGGUCUCUAGGACUAAUGUUAACUUCCAUCCAGCUACUUCAAACAGCUUAACUUCGGAAGAAACUAAACUCUCUGAAACUUCAGGUACGAUAAACUCUUCCCCUUCAUUACUAAAUCCAGUGAAUGAGGCAAUGGCAGCACGGACAAGGGGGACUCAUCCCCAGCCAUCUUGGCAAGGGUUGUCACAACAACGGAAACCCGAUUCAGGGUUGUCACCCCAAUAAAAAUCCGAUUCAGUUCCACCAGAGCUGAACCUCAGGUUUCAGUCCCCAGGGCCCCUAGUUCUAGCCAGCCUGAUUCAGCGCAGCCGGAUUUAACAUUGCAGCUCUGAUAAUAAUCCAUUUCCCCCCCUUCCCAUUUCCCAUUCUCCUUCAAUUAAGUUAACCAAUAGAAUGGUGGAUGAUUCAGUUGCUCCUUCUAAUGACGAGACCGUAGCCGGUCUCUCAACAUCGAGCGCAUCCCCACUCGACCGUAAUGUAAAGGGGUAGAUUGUUCUUGUACAGAUUAAUUAAUGUAUCCUACCUAAUGCUAAUUGUUAGGGCCACAAGUAAAAGAAAAGGGCUUCAUUUGUGAGGUUAGAAAGAAACCAUGAUUUAGGUUUAGGAUGUUUGUCUGAAGAUGUAGGAUAAUCUGUUUUUAACAUUAAUCUGAGAAUCCUUGUUUAGUCCAAGGAUUGUAAUCUCUGUAUAUGGUUUCUGAUGGUGUAAUGUUAUUUCACACAUUUGAAAUAUUUGUUAUUAGUCUGAAGAAAUAAAAGUUUGCUUGAGAUUGAA